GCAGCCUGUAGCCCAUUCAAAGGCCUACUGUUGGACCUCUGCUUAUUUUGCAAUACGUCUUUAGUACGGACUGAAAAAUGUCCGAUUUCGAUGAGUUUGAGAAGCAGUUAAGCGAAAAUCGGCAAGCUGCAGGGCAGAUCCCCAGGAUAGCUUUACUGGCAACAUCCACCACCAGCGGCGUGGCAGUGACGCCCACCCAGGUGCCGAUGGUCGGCAGCCAGAUGACCCGGCAGGCCAGGCGGCUUUAUGUCGGCAACAUCCCCUUCGGCCUGACGGAGGAGGCCAUGGCGGAUUUCUUCAAUACCCAGAUGCGAUUGGCUGGCUUAUGUCAAGGUCCCACCAAUCCCGUCCUCGCUGUUCAGAUAAACCAGGACAAGAACUUUGCCUUCCUUGAAUUUCGGUCCGUGGAUGAGACCACGCAGGCAAUGGCCUUCGACGGCAUCAUUUUCCAGGGUCAGUCGUUAAAAAUCAGGCGGCCCCACGACUAUCGCCCCCUGCCUGGCAUCUCAGAGCAGCCCGCCUUCCACGUACCAGGGGUCGUCUCCACCGUGGUUCCAGACUCGCCACACAAGCUCUUUGUCGGAGGCCUGCCCAACUAUCUCAGUGACGAUCAGGUGAAGGAACUCUUGACGUCGUUCGGACCUCUUAAGGCCUUCAACCUUGUGAAGGACAGUGCCACGUCACUGUCUAAGGGUUACGCUUUCUGUGAAUACGUGGACAUCAGUGCCACUGACCAGGCCGUGGCUGGACUCAAUGGCAUGCAGCUCGGAGACAAGAAGCUCAUCGUCCAGCGGGCAAGCGUGGGGGCUAAGAAUGCCAACGCUACGGCCAUCAUCGAGACGCCGGUGACGCUGCAGGUUCCAGGGCUGCAGCGGCUGCAGAGCUCCGGCAUGCCCACGGAGGUGCUGUGCCUCCUCAACAUGGUCAUGCCCGAGGAGCUGGUGGACGACGAGGACUACGAGGAGAUCCUGGAGGACAUCCGGGAGGAGUGUUGCAAGUACGGCAACGUGCGCUCCAUCGAGAUUCCGCGGCCCGUCGAUGGCGUGGAGGUGCCUGGCUGUGGCAAGGUGGGACCCGUACUCUCCUGUACCAGUGGCAAAAAGAAGACCUCUGUAGGCACUAAACACAGGCUCAUGGGAGCAUUUCUUGCACAAAAGUGUUUUGAAAACGGAAUAAUUUUUUGUGUAAGAAAAACAAUCUGAUUGGUUCAGAUAGACAGACAAUCUGAUUGGUUCAGAUAGACAGACAAUCUGAUUGGUUCAGAUAGACAGACAAUCUGAUUGGUUCAGAUAGACAAUCAUUUUUCAUUCUGCCCUCAACAUUUUCUUUGUGUAAGAAAGAAAAUUUUGUACAAUCAUUGAUUACUCGCAAAUGUUAAUAGUCAUCCGCUGUUUAUCUUGAAUAUGUAAAAGCAGUGCGCGUAUAUUUCCUCGUUAGUAUAGUGGUGAGUAUCCCCGCCUGUCACGCGGGGGCCGGUCGCGUAUAGCCAUAACACAGUGGCAGCCAAUGAAAUUGAAGGAUUUUUUUUGCGAAGCGAAGAGACCCUCCCCGGCGCUGCAAAAUCUCCGUUAAUGAUUUUUUUUCUGAUACAUUUCAAGUUAGAUUGAAAUGCUAAUCAUUUUGAGGCAUGUUUUCAAAAAAGCAUGAACAAAUUUCUCCAUUUCUUGUAAUCACAUUCAUCCAUUAUUCUUCGUUUUCUUGAUAUUGAUGUAUUUAAUAAACAGCUUAAAACUA